AUGGAGACACUAGUCAAGAAAUUUAGUACAGCUCUUACGAGUGCAGUAGCUAUUGCAGCACCCUACAGCAAGACAGGAGGAAAACGCGUGUGUAGGUUGCGAAACGAUGACAUCGCCAACGCAGAAAAAUGCAACAUUAAUGCACUGCAUGCCUGGAAAGAAGCAGGGAAACCAACCGAACCGAACAACCGCACUGUGAUGGCUAAAAAGGCAGCCAUGAAAGAUCUGCGUAGACAAAUUAGAAUAGAAGCGGCUAGGCAGAGGAAUGAAUCGCGGGAAAACAUCAUGCUUGCAAGGGAAUCCGAUAAAAAACUAUUUUACUCUCUUGUCAACAAGCAGCGUAAGUCCUCUAAUAGCUAUCUUGGCGAACUACAUGUAGGAAACUCCAAAUUUACAGGAAAUGACAUCUGUCAAGGCUGGAAACAGCACUUCAUGCAACUGGCAGCUCCAUCACAAAACCAAUUCUUUAGCGAUGAGGUCGCAGCUCAGACUGACUUUGAUGUAGAAAACAUCAAUGACAUAUGCUAUCAAACAUCUCUAAGUCAGCCUCAACUGUCCUUCUCCGUGGAGGAAGUAAAAGCUGCAGUCAAAGAACUAAACACAGGCAAAGCACAGGAUGGAGCAAACCUACAAGUUGAACAUUUUCUCUACGGAGGUGAAGGCGCAUACAAAAUAACGGCACAGCUCCUCAAUGCAAUUGCUACUCAUAGAAAGAUCCCACUCUGUAUGAAGCAGGGUAUCCUCUCACCAAUCUACAAGAGAAAAGGCGACAAGAAGAACUCUGGAAACUACAGAGGGAUUACAAUAAUGCCUGUUCUGUAUAAGAUCCUUGAAGUUUUGCUCCGAAAACAUCUGAAGGAAAUAACAGACCCCAUCCAAAGUAGACUACAAAGAGGCUUCACUGCAAAUGCAUCUCCUCUACACUGUGCUCUCCUGGUGCAAGAAGCUCUACUCGCGGCCAAGGCCAGGAAACAAGAUCUAUUCAUUGCCUUUCUUGAUGCCAAGUCUGCCUUUGAUGUCGUUCCUCACAACAGCUUGAACAGGAAACUGUUCAAUUCAGGAAGGAACGGCGCUUUGUGGCUCUUGCUAAGAGAUCUGCAUCAAGAAGCCACCUCAUGCAUAAAAUGGGAUGGUGUUACCUCUGACCCGUUCUCAGUCCUCCAAGGUGUAAGGCAAGGGGGAGUACUCAGUACGGAACUCUAUAAGAUCUUCAUAAAUGAUCUCCUUGAAAGGCUAAACAACUCGGGACUAGGAACCAAGGUAGGACAUCUCAGAAUACCUGCGCCCACUUGUGCAGAUGAUGUGGUCCUCAUCGCAGAAUCAAAAGAGGAACUAGCAAUACUUAUCAACAUGGCAGUUGACUACAGCAACAGGGAGCACUACGUACUUCAGCCAACAAAAAGCGUAGUGAUGCAGGUUGCCAGCUCGAACAGAAAAGAACUUGUCCCACACCACAACUUUGAAAUAAACGGCGCAGCAAUGCCGAUUGUCGAACAAACACCACAUAUGGGCAUUCUUAGAGCAUCAAGAAACCAAAACCAAAUAGCUAUUGCUGAGAAUAUCAGGAAAGGAAGACAAGCAGCCUAUGCGUUGAUGGGACCUGGGCUUCAUGCCAGGAAUGGCCUUGAUCCUCAUACAGCCUGCCACCUAAUAAGAACAUUUGUCCUCCCUGUAAUCCUAUAUGGACUGGAAGUACUACAACCUUCUUCCAACCAACUGCUUCCACUCGAGAGAUUUCAAAGGAAAAUUCUAAAGCAAGUACUCUCUCUUCCAAUCAGCACCCCCACUGCUGCUGUGUACACGCUUACAGGAUUUCUUCCAGCAGAAGCAGAGAUUCACAAGAGAAUUCUCUCUCUCUCUUCGGCAGUAUUAUGA